AUGUCUUUUUCCCAAACGUUGACCGUACCGCCCCAAGGCAGGACUUCGAAUGCGUUAUGCUAUGCUUAUCAAUCUACCGUGACAGAUGUCCCAUCUCCUCCACUACCAGUCGAAAAUUACACGACGGAAGAUCUCAAAGACAGGCUUAUAUAUGCUAAUCGUGUUCUGCGAAACUCGCAAAGGAGAUUAUCUCCUAUCGGAACCCGUGCGUUGCAAAUUUACAAAGACGCUUGUGCAAGAUUACUCAACCUUGAACAGGAGAACGGAGAUCUAGAAAUGGCCAGAGACGUAUGGCGUGCAACGUUACGUACAUAUGACCAAACGUUCAAUUUUACCCCCUGUCUGCGAAUUGUCCCGUCCUCUGAUGCGCAAGUUCUCCAAGAUCGGUUGAUCGACCUCCAGAAAACCACAUUUUAUACCAGAUAUGCAAACAUUUUUGCCGAACUUUGUAUACAACUGAAGACAGUCACUGGUCCAAUGCACAAGCCGUACUGGACUGAGAUUUACAGUAAACUUCAGUCUGAAAAAGACUCCUACAGACGCUUGCUUAGUGGCGGGAGGGCUCACUACGACUGUCCGACGUACCUGGCAAUCUCCCAUGCCUGUGACCAAAUCGGAUUUAGCCACAGUUCUAUGAUCCAAACCAUAUAUCAGCACGCAAAACUCAACGACCCCAUCGAUAUGGACAUCUUCUCCCUAAUAAAAACCGGUAAAUUCGAUGACUUGAAAAAACACCUUCACAGCGAUUCCCGCAUCACCCCACUCCUCGUCUACGGCGAUGAUUGGAAACUUAUCAAGCUUCUCAAACGGGUCAUAGAAUUUCUGACCGAUCUCUGGUUCGUCCGUGACAAGAUCGACCUGGACAAGCACCAAAUGUGGACCUAUACCAAGGCCCUCAGGAGCCUUUACAAACAACUCCAUGAGGAAGAUGCUUUCGCCCAGAAAAGCCAACUUGCCGACGCCAUCGCAAGAAAGAUUCGGAAGCGACUACGGGAUGCUGAGGAUGACUAA